CUUUUGUCGUGGUGAAACUUUUGUGUCACGUUUCGUUUCCUUGUGUCAGUGUUGUCAUGGUUACAGUUUGCGUCUCCGUGCACUCGCCCCUCCCCUCCUGUGUCAAUUCAUAAUGUAAUCACCGGCCGGCCGCUUUUCCGUGGAAGUCACGCCGCUUUCUGUCAGAGAUAAACUUUUGGACGCACUCCGGUGCCGCCUCCGCAUUUCAAAGCGGGUCAAGCAGCAACGUUGCGCUGAUGAAAUGUCUUCUGGCAGGGAUCUUGUUUAAAUACCCGCCACCAUUAAUCGCCUUUUACGGCAGAAGAAUUAUCUCCGGGACUAUUUUUAGAAUCAAUCAUGUUUUUUUUUCUUCUUCUACCAGACACAGACGCGCGGAUUCUAAUGGCUCCCACGAGAACGCACGCUUAUGCAAAGCUUCGUGUUGCCUUAUUCCAUUUAUUGAUACACAAGCCGACCGUAAUUGGCUAUUGAUUAUCAUGCGUAUGAUUGACUGCGAGCAGCCAUCGGGGGCUCGCUCUUCGCAAAUGACUUUUUCCGCCUCCUCACCCUCAGCGUAUUUUUUGAUCUAUUUCAUUUCAGUAGAUAUUGGAUCGUCACCAUUUACACUUCACGCACAUUCCCCACAACUGUCACCUCUUGAACUGUUGAAAUUGUCUUUUGCAGUGUUUUCAUCAUCAUCACCAUCAUCAUCUUCUUCUUCCUGCCAACAGGUAGCCGCGAGCGGGCGCGUGCACGCGGACGCUACUUUGAGGGUGCUGAAGAGGGGACUGCGUCUCUCUCUUUCUCUCUCUCUUUCUCUCUCUCUUUCUCUCUCUCUCUCUCUCUCUCUGUCUCUCUCUUUCUCUCUCUCUCUCUUUCUCUCUCUCCGCCUCGUUGAUCUCUCUCCACUGCGCUCCCGAUCCAAAGUCAUCAGCGAGCAAGUCGUGCUCGAGCGCGGCGGUCCAGCGGCGGUUGCGACUCGCUUCCAAGUGUCCAAGGAUCACGAGGACGUCAGGGAUGAUGGUGCCGCCGAUGAAGAGAAAGAGGAGGUGGAGACGGGCUUGCGCGUGACAGAUGCCGCGUUCAAACACGUCCUCCUGUGGAUAGAAUGAAAUAAAAAGAGCGUCUCUAUUUCCGCUUGCCCGCACGAAGUUCCCAUGUGCAACAUUGACAAGACGACGUCUACCGGGCCGGCGGCGUCUGUUAGCAUCCUUUAGCUCGGGGCGCCAUGUCCCAGCUCUACUACCGGCGGUCGGACAGCUCGUCGUACCGCGACCGCAUCCCUCUGAGGAUUGUGCGGGCCGAGUCGGCGCUGUCGGCGUUGGAGAAGGCCUACCUGGGAGCCGUGGAAAAGGGCGACUAUGCCAGCGUCAAGCAGGCCCUGCAGGAGGCGGAGAUCUACUUCAAGAUCAACAUCAACUGCAUCGACCCGCUGGGCCGCACGGCGCUGCUCAUCGCCAUCGAGAACGAGAACCUGGAGAUCAUCGAGCUGCUGCUGAGCUUUGGCGUCUACGUGGGCGACGCCCUGCUGCACGCCAUCCGCAAGGAGGUGGUGGGCGCCGUCGAGCUGCUGCUCAACCACAAGAAGCCCAGCGGCGGCGUGCAGGUUCCUCCCAUCCUAUUGGACAAGCAGUUCUCGGACUUCACGCCCGACAUCACGCCCAUCAUCCUGGCGGCGCACACCAACAACUACGAGAUCAUCAAGCUUCUGGUGCAGAAGGGCGUUUCCAUGCCGCAGCCGCACGAGGUGCGCUGCAACUGCGUGGAGUGUGUGUCGAGCUCGGACGUGGACAGCCUGCGGCACUCGCGCUCGCGCCUCAACAUCUACAAGGCGCUGUCCAGCCCCUCCCUCAUCGCACUGUCCAGCGAGGACCCCUUCCUCACCGCCUUCAGACUCAGCUUGGAGCUGCAGGAGCUCAGCAAGGUGGAGAACGAGUUCAAAUCGGAAUACGAGGAGCUGUCUCAGCAGUGUAAGGAGUUUGCCAAAGACCUGUUGGACCAAACCAGAAGCUCCAGAGAACUCGAAAUGAUCCUCAACUACAGAGAUGACGUCAACCUCCUGGAGGAAGAGGGCAACGGAGACCUGGCUAGACUCAAGUUGGCCAUCAAGUACAACCAGAAAGAGUUUGUCGCGCAGCCCAAUUGCCAGCAGCUGUUAGCGUCACGCUGGUACGACGAGUUCCCGGGCUGGAGGCGGCGCCGCUGGGCCGGCAAGUUCCUGACGUGCGUCUUCAUCGGACUCCUGUACCCGGCGUUCGCUCUGUGCUACCUCACGGCCCCCAAGAGCCGCUACGGGCUGUUCAUCCGCAAGCCUUUUAUUAAAUUCAUCUGUCACACGGCCUCCUACCUGACCUUCCUCUUCCUGCUGCUGCUGGCCUCGCAGCACAUCGUCACCACCGAGCAGGACCGCCAAGGCCCGGCGCCCACCACUGUGGAGUGGAUGAUCCUGCCCUGGGUGCUGGGCUUCAUCUGGGCCGAGAUCAAGCAAAUGUGGGAUGGAGGUUUCCAGGAGUACGUCCACGACUGGUGGAACCUGAUGGACUUUGUCAUGAACUCUCUGUACCUGGCCACCAUCUCCCUCAAAAUCGUCGCCUACACCAAGUACAGCGGCAGUAAGCCGAGGAACCUGUGGGAGAUGUGGCAUCCGACGCUGGUGGCCGAAGCGGUGUUCGCCAUCGCCAACAUCUUCAGCUCCCUGCGUCUUAUCUCGCUCUUCACGGCUAACUCCCACCUGGGACCCCUGCAGAUCUCGCUGGGCCGCAUGCUACUGGACAUCCUCAAGUUCCUCUUCAUCUACUGCCUGGUCUUGCUGGCUUUCGCCAACGGACUGAACCAGCUUUACUUCUACUACGAAACCAAAGCCUCGGACGACAGGAUCAAGUGUAAAGGCAUCCGGUGCGUGGAGCAGAACAACGCCUUCUCCACGCUCUUUGAGACCCUGCAGUCUCUCUUCUGGUCCAUCUUCGGCCUGAUCAGCUUGUACGUGACCAACGUGGACGCCGACCACCAGUUCACCGAGUUUGUGGGCGCCACCAUGUUCGGCACGUACAACAUCAUCUCCCUGGUGGUGCUGCUCAACAUGCUCAUCGCCAUGAUGAACAACUCCUACCAGCACAUCGCGGACCACGCUGACAUCGAGUGGAAGUUUGCCCGCAGCAAGCUGUGGAUGAGCUACCUUGAGGAGGGGGCCACCCUGCCGCCUCCCUUCAACAUCAUCCCCAGUCCCAAGUCUGUCUGGUACCUGGCCCGCUGGCUCAAGGCACGAGUCUGCCCGGACGACGGCGACGCCCGCCAGGACACCAUCGGCACACUCGGGAGACGAGCUGCGGAGAACCUGAGAAUAAACCAUCAGUACCAGGAGGUGGUGAGGAACCUGGUGAAGCGCUACGUGGCCGCCAUGAUCCGAGACGCCAAGACGGAGGAAGGUCUGACCGAAGACAACUUUAAGGAGCUGAAGCAGGACAUCUCCAGCUUCCGCUACGAGGUGAUGGGCAUGAUGAAGUCGGGGCGACCGGUCCUACAGGGUACCGCCGGCAGCCCACCCGAGUCCACCCUGGCUUACCCCAACGCCUCCUUAAAGAUAGCCACUUGCACCCCACCUAAGAACAAAGCCAGCCGGUUCAAGAUGGCCGCCUCACUUCUCCAGCAUGUGGCGUCUGCCGCCCGGAUCCCUGAAGCCCCUAACGGGCUCCUCAACGGUGACGCCGGAGACUUUGCCGUGUUCCACAAACGACACCUCGGCGGAGGUUGCCGCCACCACGGGUAUGAUCUUCGUCAAGUCGGGCCCACAGAACUUUCCAGGAAAAUGUAUUCUCUAUCGGAGGAGUCGGAGGAGGACAAACCGGGUGGAAGCGGUCCGGACGUCAGUGGCAACGUCUGUAGCGUGGCGGUGCAGGAAGACGAGAGCACAGCCUGAACUUUGACGCAUGCGCCAGUCGACGCUCGUUGACCUUUGACAAGAGCCUCAAGGACACGGAGGCGGUUGAUUUCCAACCACUGCCCUAGCUCAGUCCAGUCCAGUUCAGUCUCACACGGGCGGCCCGUGGUUUUCUGUUUACGAAAACAUGAAAGAUGAAUGGCUAAAGAUUUACGCCCGGCCACAUGUUCAAUGAAAUCCCAAGUGUAGCAAGUGUUUGCUUGUUAGCUUAAACGCUAACUUUAUGCAAGAGGCCCAAUCGCAAUGUUCAUGUCAUUUGAAUCCUUAAAAUGGACUCCAAAGUAAGCUACUAUUUAUCAGUAAAAUAUUAAUAGUGCUGUUAGCUAGGAUGUAAACGAGUGGGUAUACAUAUAUUUUUGGGAAAAAAAAUCCACAGCUCAUCUCAGGAUAAGUAUUGUUAGCUGUACAAGCCUCUCAAACAAAACAUUAACACUUACACUAACAUUCUGCUGCUUAAAAGUCCAUAUUUUGUUUUUUUAUCCCUUAAAAAAAUGACAGGCACACAGGUACUUUAUCCUAAAAACCAAUGCGACCAUCCAAAUAUAUUUCAAAGAUGGACUGUUAAAUAAUCUGUAAACGAAUGCCUUUCUGUAGUUAGCUAAAAUGGUAACAAUAUACUAUUGAAGCGAGUUGCCUAAAACAUUCAUUAGUGUAGCACAAAUCUUUUGUCGGUAUUUUGUCUUUUUUGAGAUUGGGAAGUGAGCCGACCAAUCAACGCAAGGCAAGGCAAAAAAAUAAAUAAAAAAAUUUAAAUGUAGGCAAGACUGAGCGAAGCGCUUGGUGGAAUCAAGAACUAUUUUCUUGGAGACUCAGGGAGACAUUUAAGUGUUUUGUUAUGUUAGCAUGUUAGCAGUUAGCCAAAAGGUUUGCCUCUUUUUUUUGUGCACUUUACGCCGAUGAAUCGAUUUCCUCAAUUCCUCGAUUCUUAUGGUCCAUCGCUGGUUUCUAUGCAACCAAAAGAUGGGAGGCCUCGCUUUGGAUACUGACCACAAGGGGCGCCCUUUCCGAAACCAAUUAAAGCAAGUCACACUGACUUCUCACCGUUUGAGUCUUUACAAAUGGUGAGUCUUGAAUAGAAACUUGAGAAAAAAAUAGCCCUGAAUUCACGCGGGAACUAAAAAAAACACACACACACACACACAAACAGUUGUUCAUCACAGUACACACAAAAGCAGUUUAUCACAGUACACACAACACGGGUGCGCUGCACAAGGGAGAAAAAAGGCACUUGUUUAGGAAAGAUAGAAUGUAAUGUUGCACCAUAGUGUAUUUUAUUGUCAGAUUUUUGAAAAAUAAAGUCAGUUAUUUUCCAGGAAAAAGUAGACUAUUUCUGGGGAUUUUAUUUUGUAUUAAAAAGAAAGAAUACAAUCACAGUGCAAUUUGGGCGGGUCAUUACAAAGUUAUAUUGUGGAGGGAAUUAAAGUCUGACAUUCCCGGAAAAACACUGAAUAUUUCGAAGAAAAGAAUAGUUUUUGUAAUUUCAGAAAAAAGCGAGUAUAGAGUCACACUUGAGUGGAAAGAAAGUUGUAUAUUUUAAAUAAAAAUGUCUUUUAGGACAAAGAGUAAUUUAAUUUAAAAUGUAAUUGUGAUUCAAAGUCAUUUAAACGUCCGGAAAAUGUAUGUGUGUUUUUGAGAGAAUACAACAGCA